AUUUCCAAACUCCGUAACAACAAGAAAGUUGUGUUACAACAUGAAAUUGAAAAUAUCCUUUUUAAAAGAGCCAAAACAUGUCGGAGUGGUUUCUUGUGUUAGCUGGAAUAAUACGGAGGACGUAUUUUCAUGCGGAGAUGAUCACAAGCUUUUGAAGUGGCAUCUUGUAAACGGUGAAUGCUUAGUCGUAGCCACUUUCCCUGAAGAUUUUUAUCCUAUAUGUAUGCACUUAUUUCCUAAGAUACACAUUGGUGGUAACAAACACCAGCAAGAUGUUAUUUUAAUCGCAUGCGCUGAUGGCAAAUUUCACAUUGUGAAUAACAACGGUCGCAUAGAAAAAAGCGUAACGGCGCAUCAAGGAGCAUGCUUAGCAGCUCAGUGGAGUCCUGAUGGAGCAGGAUUUUUAACAGCUGGUGAAGAUGGAUUUGUGAAGGUUUGGUCCAGAAACGGCCUAUUAAGAUCAGUGGUGAUACAAUCAGAUGAGCCAUGUUACAACGCUAUUUGGAGUCCAGAUAAUAGCUCCAUCUUGUACACAAAAGGAAAUUAUCUUGUAAUUAAACACCUAAGCUCUACCUCGAAGGUGACAAAAUGGAAAGCGCAUGAUGGUGUUAUUCUAAGCAUAGCGUGGAAUGCAAAUAAUAACUUAAUUAUUUCUGGAUCCGAAGACGGAUUUUCUAAGAUUUGGGACUCAUUUGGUCAGCAAAUUUCAGUAAGCGUGAAGCAUGAUCAGCCGAUCACAAGUGUCAGUUGGUCACCGGCUGGCGAUAUGUUUAUAAUUGGUAGUUACAAUUUACUACGGCUUUGCAACGCAAAUGGAUGGUCACACUGUCUUGAUCGUCCGUCAACUGGGAGUGUUUAUAGCAUUGCGUGGUCAUCUGACGGCACCCAGCUAGCUGCAGCGUGUGCUAAUGGACAUGUUCUAUUUGCACAUAUUAUUGACAGGGAAUACACAUGGAAAAAUUACGCAUGCACCCAAAUUGGUCGAAAGGUUGUCUCCAUCAAAGACAUUUUGACCGAUCAAAAUGACCAACUCGAUUAUCCGGAUAGGGUCAUACAAAUAGCGUUAGGUUUCAAACAUUUGGUAAUAGCUACAGUGAAACAAUGUUUUAUACACAAAUUGAGUUCCUGGAACACACCUGUAACAUUUGACCUGAAGGAAGGAACUAUUAGCAUGAUUUUGCUGGCCGAGAGGUGUAUGUGUGUAGUAGAGCGUGCCGGUAUUUCCAUAUACAGUUAUAUGGGUCGUUUACUCGCGAGCCCACGAUGUGGAUCUCGACCAGAAACCAUUGGAAGAGCUGCAAUAUCUUUGGGACCGGAUUCUUUGGCGAUUAUCGACCAGAGUGACAGAAAGACCAUUCACGUAUACGAUUUACCUACUGGAUUAAUUGUGCGAAGUUCGACAGAUAAUACAGUGACGAAAUUGGUCCAUAAAAUGACAGUAUCAAAUGUAUCGCUGAGCCAAACUGGAUCAAUUAGCGAAAGGCAACUUGCUUUGUUAGAUUACAACAGGGAUUUGUAUGUUGUCACAGUUAGAGACACUAAAUGUAAAUUCAUGAAACUGGGGUCUCAAGUACUGAGUAUAAUAUGGAGUGCUGACACUGAACUGCUGGUCGGUUUAAGAGCUAACUCAGCUGUGGCGUGGUGUUGCACGCAUGCUGCCACUCAACCUGACUGGCUCGCCCUCACUACAGUCAGCAAAGAUAUUAGUGACCUGGGCCGUAACCCUAGUUUAUUAAGUGUUGAAGAGGGAGUCGCAUGCAUCUGUCGCGGUAAUGGCUCCCUGCUGCACGUUUCGCUUGCUGCCUUUCCCGAGAAACUGCUAAAACACGUAGCUGAUAACAUGUGGCAGGAUGCAUUACAACUGUGCCGAACAGUUGAGGAUGAGACAUUGUGGGCUUGUUUAGCAGUUUUAUCAUGGCAACACAAUCAACUAGCGGUUGCUGAAGAGGCCUUCGCUUUGAUACAUCAAUACUAUCAAGUUUGUUACAUACAGCAUUUAAGAAGUACGAUUCCUGAGAAGCUAUCAACAUAGGUAUCUAGUCCACUCCCUGAAUAGAAGUUUAUUAUUUCUAGCUACGUAAUUACAAAUGCAUAAAUAAAUAUCUAUCUAAAUAAACUAUGUUUUAAUACCUA